CAUUCCCUUGUUGCGGAGGGGGUAGAGCAAUCGUUGAAUCGCUAAACGGCUAGCCAUAGGGAAGAGUUCGGUCCAUCAAGGUGAUUGUAGAGUCUAGCCGCGAUGACGUGCGUCCUACGAUGCCCUCAGCCGGUCGCCCUCGCUUAGUGACAGAGAGAGUUCGCCACGGCAUAGUUCGGUCGAUUACCAGCGAUGAGACAGAAAUCUAUGCUCACGUGGUGAAAAUCGUUGAGAAGCAGCACGGCAUCACGUUGCAUCCUAAGACAUUGCGUAACGCUUUGAAUGGGAGCGGACUUGUCGCAAUCAAGCAUCCCAAGAAACCGCGACACUCUCGGAAAAACAAACGCGAUAGGCUGGAAUGGGCGCGUGCCUACGCAGACUGGACGGUUGACGACUAGAAGCGAGUUAUCUGUGCGGAUGAGACCAAGAUCGGUAGUCUUGCAUCCGACGGACUCUCAUACGCCUGCGUUCACGAAGGGACUGCCCUCCAAAGACACCA